AGUGAAUGGCAAAAGAUUGUUGACUUUAUAAUUCAAAACUACGACGUCAAUAAAUUAGCUUUGAGCACCGCCUCUGAAUGCAUCUUGAGUUAUCAACCAAAUAUCAAUUUAGAUGGAAGUCAAAAACCAU